UAUCGCUUUCCAACCCUGAGGUGACAUGCUCUAUGGCGUUCCUUGUCAUAACUCAUGUCUGUCGAUUAAUAAUUAAUUGAUUAAUUCUUUCAUAAAUCAGUAUUUGGUGGUGAUUAACAGUGAUAAUGGCAUCAAUAUUAUGUAGUAUUGUAAAAUACCAUUCAGAACAAAAGAAUUACAGAUGCGGUUAUUGUAAGAAUCCAAAUAGUAACUUCAGUCAUGGAAUGUGGGCUCAUACAUUAACUGUACAAGAUUAUCAAAAUUUAAUUGAUAGAGGAUGGAGAAGAAGUGGUAGUUAUUUGUAUAAACCUGUAAUGAAUAAAAUUUGUUGUCCAGCCUAUACAAUAAGAUGUGAUGCAUUAAACUUCAAAAUUUCCAAGUCGCAAAAGAAAAUACUUAAAAGAAUGUCCAACUUUCUAAAAAAUAAAUUAAGUAAAGAAGAAAAAAUGUCUCAUACCAAUACAGAUAUUAUUCAUCAAAAUAAAUUAUCAGAAAUGCCUUAUAAAGAGUUUGAAACAAUAGAUGAUGCUAAUAGAUGUAAAAUGAAUAUAACUUCUGUGUCUUGUCACGUUAAAAAAAAGUUAAUAGCAACAGAGAUUGGUAAGGAUUUUUUAAAUACAGAAAUCAAAGGAUUAAAAGACAAUAUUCCAUCAAGUUCAAGCAGUGAACAAUUAUUAGCUGCUAAAGAUAUAAAAUCAAAUAAAAAUAAAUUUGUGUCUUGUAAAAACACUCAACAAAAAAAAGCAAAAAUUUUACGCUUAGAAAGAAAACAAAAUAAAUUAUUAGCACAAGGAAAAACUAAUACUGAAAUUGAAGCUAUUUUAUCUCAGCCAAAACAACAACAAAAUUGUGACAAAAAUUUGGAACAAUUUUUCAAUGAAUUAAAUAGUGAAAUGAACAAAUUGGAGUUGAAAUUACAUCGAGUAAUGUCGGAUGAGUUUCUUAAAAGCCUUGAUGAAAGUGCAAAUCUUUACAAAAAAUAUCAAAUGGCUAUUCAUAAUGAUGAUCCAGAAGACUGUGAUAAAUCAUCAUUCUUUAGGUUUCUUGUCAAGAAUUCUUUACAGGAAUGGUGUCCAGAAAAUGGUCCAUUACAAGGAUAUGGUUCCUUUCAUGAUCAAUAUUGGUUAAAUGGAAAAUUAAUUGCCGUAGGUGUAAUAGACAUUUUACCUUCAUGUAUUUCUAGUGUUUAUUUUUAUUACGAUCCUGAAUAUUCUCAUCUUUCUCUCGGAACAUUUAGUUCAUUACGGGAGAUUUUUCUAACCAGACAGUUAAGUAAGACUGUACCGAAUCUUAAAUAUUAUUACAUGGGAUUUUACAUACACAUAUGUCCAAAAAUGAGGUAUAAAUCGAAAAUGGUUCCAUCAAAACUUCUUUGUCCGGAAACAUAUGUGUGGUGUGACAUUGAAAAAUGUUUACCGAAAUUGGAUAUUAAUAAGUACAGUAGACUUAAUGAGGAUUUAGAAGCAACUAAUGAAGAUAGUAUUAUUAACAUAGACGAGGUUUUAAUUCUAUAUCGAGAACAAGCAAUGUUGUAUAAAACAUACAAGAGAAUGUUGUCUACAAUUAAAGAUGAACAUGAAGUCUCAGAGUAUGCUUCCCUAGUUGGAAUGAAAUGUGCCACGAGCAUUCUUUUGUAUCGUAAUUAGUAAUUAAUAUUAUAAUAUAAAGAAUAAUAAUAAUAUUAUAUGCAAAA